UCGCUAUUUUGUAGUAUUCGUGAUUACAAUUGGCGAACGUUGUGGGAAAUACCAAAUGAAACAGUGGUGAUCGAUGGCAAAGUAAGCAUUUACGUGGUUAAAACCAGAACGGGUCGCGCGCUCCCGUAACUCCUGGUGAUUCAUCGAGGCUUUAUAAACGUUUGUCACUAUGGACACCGACGAUGGUGAAUCUUCAAGCAGUGGGCCUAUGUCCAGCUUGAAUAGCUUAUUUUCCUUCACAAGUCCAGCUGUAAAGAAAUUACUUGGCUGGAAACAGGGUGAUGAAGAAGAGAAAUGGGCGGAAAAAGCAGUGGACAGCCUGGUGAAGAAGUUGAAAAAGAGAAAAGGAGCCAUCGAGGAGUUGGAGCGCGCGUUGUCCUGCCCCGGUACGCCUUCCAAGUGCGUCACAAUACCCCGGUCGUUGGAUGGAAGAUUGCAGGUUUCACAUCGCAAAGGCCUACCCCACGUGAUCUAUUGCCGAGUAUGGCGGUGGCCGGACCUCCAAAGCCACCACGAAUUGAAACCACUCGAAAUUUGUCAGUUUCCAUUCAGCGCUAAACAAAAGGAGGUAUGCAUCAACCCUUACCACUAUAAACGCGUCGAGAGCCCAGUUUUGCCACCAGUUCUUGUACCUCGUCAUUCGGAAUUCGCGCCGGGGCACUCCCUGCUGCCGUUCCAGAGAACAGUAGAACCGGCGAUGCCCCACAACGUAUCCUACUCAGGGUCAGGAUUUCCGCCAUCGGCGACAUCUGAACUUCCGGAUACUCCUCCUCCGGCGUAUUCUCCGCCGUCCGACGAUACCGAGCCCCCCGGAGAAGUAGCUCCAGUUUCCUACCAGGAACCUCUAUAUUGGGCAUCAGUGGCGUAUUACGAGUUAAACUGUCGAGUCGGUGAAGUUUUCCAUUGCAACUCGCACUCCGUAGUAGUGGACGGCUUCACCGAUCCGUCGAACAAUAGCGAUAGGUUCUGCCUCGGCCAGCUCAGCAACGUUAAUAGAAAUUCUACGAUAGAGAAUACCAGGCGUCACAUAGGAAAAGGCGUCCACUUGUACUACGUCGGCGGCGAAGUGUACGCCGAGUGCCUGUCGGACGCGGCGAUCUUCGUGCAGAGCCGCAACUGCAACCACCACCACGGGUUCCACCCCUCCACCGUCUGCAAGAUCCCGCCGGGCUGCUCACUGAAGAUAUUCAACAACCGCGAGUUCGCCCAGCUGCUUUCUCAGAGCGUGAACCACGGCUUCGAAGCGGUCUACGAGCUGACGAAGAUGUGCACCAUCCGGAUGUCAUUUGUGAAGGGCUGGGGGGCGGAGUACCAUCGGCAGGACGUGACAUCGACGCCGUGCUGGAUCGAGAUCCACCUGCACGGGCCGCUGCAGUGGCUGGACAAGGUCCUGACGCAGAUGGGCUCCCCACACAACGCCAUAUCGUCCGUGUCCUAGCCGUGCCACGAUCACACUCGCCCCCACCGUUUUUCGUUAUUUUAUUUCGGUUCUAUUUGCUAAUCUCACAAAAUUAUGUGCAUUUUUUUUCUUUAGUAAGCUAAGAGAUUGUGGAUUUUAAAUUUUGUAACAACAUGUUCUAUAACAGUGUCUGAAACGGAUGCUGACAAACCGGUUUUACAAUAAAUUAAAUUAAUUUAUUGUCGCUGAGAUACUUCGUAGGAAUGCGUAGAUUUCCGAAUGAUCGUUGUACGUUACGACCACAGCUCUAUCGGAAAAUAGGAAACGUAACAUGUACGAAUAUAACAUAAAAAAUAAACGUUUCAUACAGUAACGUAACGUAUUUGUUGCCAUAUAGCGAUUUUAUAUUUUUUAAAUAUCUAAAAGCGUAUUCAAUUUAAAUGUAUGCCCAAAUAUUUUAUAAAAUUGUAGCUCAAAUGAUGUGUCCAAUAUGGGCCGAACGUAAAACGUAUAAUAAGUAAUUGUUUGUAUUUGUUAUAAAGACAUAUAUUAGGAAUGGAUGAAUUAUACUCGUGGACGUUUUACGAUGAUGACAUUUUAAUAUUAUCGUUGUAAAUAAUUGGAGAGGUCAAGAAUCGGUUCGGUGUCUCACAGAUUCGAUUAUUAAAAAAAAUGGUAUGUCAAGGUAUUGUAAUUAUACGAUUAUGAACAAUAUAUAAAGCUUUUAGUUAUCGUAAAUGCAAUUUUUUUUUACUAUUUUUUACAUUGUAUAAUUAAAUGGUUAUGUGGUACCCGAAUUUUAAAAAUAAUUUACUUUUAUUAAAAGAAAAAUACUUCAACAUCUUUCGAAAUUCGAAUCGUCGCUUACGUGUAUAUAAAAUAAAAUUAAUAUUCUUUUAUGGGGCCACAAUAACGGUUAAUUUUAAAGGUAAAUGUAUUUUACAUAGUGUAGUUAUAUAAGUGAAGUGAAUAGAAAUCGUGUCGAAAAAUAAACAUUUUAUUGGAUAUAGAAUUAUUUCGUUAUAAUAAUAGUCAAGACCAAAUGUGAAAUUGUAAAUUGGUGCGUUCGUGUUUUAAUUUUUUUUUAUAUAUCGUAUUUGGCAGUGGUUCUAAAUGUAUGAAUGUGCCAUUUUGUGUUAAUUGUGAAUACAACGGAGAAACUGGUCUUUUAUUCGAAUGGUGGAAUGUUGUUUUUUCGUUGUAAGAAAAUUGAUUUUUUUUUUAAUUGUAAAUUUUGUUACAUUUAUAUUUUAAUAUUUGGACGAAGGAUAAAAUUUAUAAUAAUGACGGACUAAAUGAUUGAAUAUAAUUUGAUAUGAUCAAUGAUAGUGAUUGUUGAUAGAACUUGACUUAUAAAACCAAAUUGGGGCAUUGCGCAGACAAAAUUUCUUAUUGAAUUGAUCUCAAAAUAAUACUAAGUGUUUAGUUCCUCCUGAUGAUUCACUGUGGCGUGUCCCGUGCCUUAUGAGAGUGCAUUCAAUUAAAACUUAAAGAAUGAAUGAAUGAUAGGAACAAUUAAAUAAAACUUACAAGCAGAUGUAUUUAAUUUUAACGAAUAAAGUAACAGGUAACACGAAAUAAGUCGCUAAAAGUAUUUUUCAAUAUGAAGGCCUAAUUUUACUCGUGAAGGCCUUUAAUAUACUAUAUAUUUACAAAUAUAAAUUAAAUGUUAAAGUAUAUUAUAAUAAUUAUUAUUCUCUUCACAAUAAAGACUAUAAAGAAAAUUGUAUAAAUUCAAUAAUUUCUAAUAAAAAUUGGAUUUAAUUAUCAAUUAAAAUAUGAUCUUAGUUCUUAUAUGAUACUUAGACGUUUUUCAAAGGCUCUUUUUUAAAGUUUAUAGGUUCCAAUCGAGUCGUUACACAAUGUGUGUGCUAUUUGUUUUAGUACAUGGAUUGAAUAAAAGUUUAUUUUUAAUUCAUAACUUCACAUUUACAUUAAUUAGUAGAAACACGAACUAUAUUUCAAAAUGUUCACAAACUGACAAUAUAUUAAUAAAUAUAAUGGAUUAGGAAGGAAAUAAUGUACAAUUUUGUAUAACUAGCUCUUAAAUGUUACAUAAUAUUGUAUAUAUAUGUAUGUGCCUACAUAUGUAUGUGCCUACAUAAUUUAUUAUAAUCACCCGUCCAAGUAAAUGCCUCUGUAGCUCGGUUCUGUUUAAAAACCUUUUUAUGUUAAUGACAUUUAAUGUAUAUAUUAUGUAUAUAUAAAUGGAUAUUGGUAUCUGUCAAAGAUAAUAAAACACUUCAAUACAGCUUCACCGAUUACCAUUAAAGUCGGUACAUAUAUUUAUUUUGAUUACUCAUGGAGACUUUAUACCAUUCGCUGUGUUGUAACUCGCUAAUACAGCUACUCCAUAUUUAUAUAUACAAAAGUAAAUAAAUAUACACAGGCAGGAGAAUGUCUGCGGGGUUAGUAGUUUUAUACAAUAAUAAAUAAGGUAUUGUUCUAAAUGUUAAAGUUUCUAAUAAAAUUAUUGAUAACAGGACUGAGUUACCAAAUUAUACAAAUAUUGGAAUAUGUAUUUUUACUUUAUAAAUUACCGUCGUUGCUAUUUUUAAAUACUAUAAUAAUUCUAUUAUAUAGUGCCUUUUUUAAAUACAACGUAAAUAAGCCUUAUUCCAACAUGAAUAAUUUUUCAUAUAUUUUAACAGAUAAAAAAUGGCCUUAAAAAUAAUUUCAAUGAAAUUAUAUUUUGUGUACAGGGUUAUAUGAAGACUAGGUCCAUUCUUUACUCUUGAUAGGAAAGUAAUGGAAGCUAUUCUGUACCAAUAUAAUUAGAAACUAAUAACUUUAUCUUAAGUCAUUGAAAAACUAAACAUAAAAUUAUUUUUUUGCAUAUAAAAGUAUGAUAAUCUGUGCUAUUAGAAUUUUUGUAUAGGUUAAAUAAUAUGGUCUGAAAGAAUUUAUAAACUGGCAACAUCGAUUUAAGUCUCGCCAUUUUGCUGGAGUUUUGAGGAUAUGUUAGAUAAAUAAUAUUUUUGUGCUAGGACCGUUUAAUUAUUGUUUUUAAUGAUGAAGUCCUCAAUGAAAAUUAAAAUAAUACGAUAAAAUGAGAUUGUGUCACAACAAUAUUGAUACAAACCAUGGCUGAUAAACUGCUAUUUAUACAAUUCUUAUUAUUAAAAAAUUAAUCCAAAUUGCUGUUAUAAAAAUGUAUAAUGUAUGCAUAUUUUGUAGCUAUCAAAUUAAAACGGUUAUUAUUUAAAAAAAAUGAAGUUUAUUAAAAUAUAAAAAUUUUAAUUUAUCUGUGACGAAAACAAAAUUGUAAAUACUGUUCAAAGUUAUAAUUUUGUCAAUAGCCUUAGACUGGUGUGACCUAUUGAAUUUCUUCGACUUUCUUUAAUUUUCUCCGUUCUCUACGCGAAGUAGAGAAUCGAAUCGUUCAUUCACUCGUCAAUGAGACAUGGUGUUCAUUUAUGUAUAAUAUUUAAUUAUGACUAUGAAGAGUUUGAAAACAUUCAUAAAUAUAUAAUAUUAAUGUAUUUUUAAUUUAAACGUUAUGUCCAAAAUAAAACGAUUGAUUUUGCUGGAUAUUCUCACAUAUGUAUACUGCAACGUGUUUUUGUAAAAUUAUACAUUAUAUUUGUGCGAUUAUUUUUACACUUUACGAUGUAGUUUAUUAUUUAAUUCAUUUGUAAUUUAAAAGUAUUUUUAAUAGAGAGUCCUAAACAGAAACGUCAUCUUUAAAGGAGUAAUUUAGUAUUUAUAUAAAAAAAAUACCGCCAAAAAUAUUAAAUGACGUAAGUUUUUUUUUAUAUUAAAUUUUGUGGUGCAAUGUUAAAAAUAUUUUUUUUUUAUAUAAUUUAUUUUAUUAUUUAGAUAGUUGAAAUAAAAAGCUUGUAAUUUGUUUAAAAUAACGUACAAAUGUAAUGUUCCUCACAAUACAACUUACAAGGUUUGUGGAAAAUAAUGUAUGAUAUUUGUAAUUGAAUGAAUGACGAUAUCGCUCAGUCAGUUUAUGAAUGCUAUUAAAAUUUAAGCCGUAUUAUAAGUGUGUAAGGUUGGAAGUUGUUUAAAUACAGCACCUGGCGAUACUAAGUUAAAAUUAAUCGUAAUAGAUGCCAUUGUACGUGUAAUUUUUAUUACUAUGAACAUUUUUCUCCGUUUAGUACAUAAUUAAUAAAGUUUCUUUAUUUAG